UUGUCGAUGACAGUUAUAAAGUUGAAGCACGACAAUGAACGCUGCCGUGAUACUGAGUGUGCUGGCUGUGGCUACAGCAGCUCCCCAUUACCACCAUCAUCAUCACCAUGGAUUCAAUCAUGGCCAAACAUCGCCACUCGAACGUUACCCCGGUUUUGGAGAAAAUAUUUUCGACACAAGAUCUUUUUGGGCUGAACUGGAAAACGAGAUGAAGCAGCUUGAUAUAAUGCUAAAAGAUUUCUAUUUGAAAUUCCCGAGCAGCGUAUCCAGUGAGGGAGUGGUUGAUAAUACUUACAAAAUCACAAUACCAUUGGUUGGUUAUCAGGAGCGAGAUAUAGCAGUGAAGGCACGCGAAGGAGUUCUGAUGGUGCAAGCUGUGCAUAAGUAUGGAGAAGUUAGUCAGCGAAGCUACCUCGAUGUCCGAACAUUACCAGAGGCUAUUGUCUUAAACGGAACGUGGACUUAUGGCAAAGAUAUCCUCACCAUUGAAUUCCCUCUUAAAGAAGGAGCGAUUACCACAGAAAAUCCUAUAACUGUCGAACCAUCUCAAGCUGCUAAUGAAGAACAUAGUCGAGAGGUGAUGGGCAACGACAAUGACGACAAUCAGGACGCAGACGUCGGUGUCGGUCCCAGAGGUGAUAAUGACGCAGAAAUUUUGACCAACGAAAUCCCUGAUAGGCAAGAACCAGUGGAAGCUACCACUUAUGCGGUAGACUUAAACAACGAGGUGGAAUUCGUACCCGUUAAUUAUUAAUAUGUAAAUAUUUUUUUAUUAAAUUAUUUUAUAAGAUA